GGGAGGGGAAAGAGUUUAUGAAUGUUGGGGGUGUGUGUUGGGAGGGGAGAGAAAAACAAACACAUACAGAAGCAGAGAUAGAAGGAGUGGAGACAGUUCAUGAAGUAGAGAAGUGGCUCUGCUUGUUUUCAUUUUUCUGUAAUGACCACUGUGCCGUGAGUAGGAAGGACGAUACGAACGCCAGGCAGCUCCAGCACAGGGAACACAGAGACUGCAACUCCUCUGCACUCUUCUCCCCCCCUCUCUCUGACAUUUACACCCACCUGUUGAGUAUGCCCACCCCACUAGCUCUCAUGGUCAUUUCAGCAACAGUUCUCUGAGCGUGUGGCUGCACCCGCUGCCAACCGUCUUGGUCACUUUUUUGGAGAGAUGUCGUCCCUCUACUCACGUAACAAGGAUCUGUCCUCUCGCACCAGGAAAUCUUUGUCGGACUCACCGCCCUCCUCCCCGUCCCCCAGCACCAAAGCCUUCCGACAUGAUAGAACAUCUAGGUCAGAUGGCGGUGGUGUAGAGGGCUCAUCAGAAAGACUCAGCCGUACCAGCUCCUACACACGUAGGGAGAACCGCUUAGCUUCUCUGAAUAAGACCAAUGAUGACUCCGCCAGCAAGGACUACAAGAAGUUGUAUGAGGAUGCGCUGGCGGAGAAUGAGAAGCUAAAAACUCGUCUGGAGGACAGCAAGCAAGAGCUGGCCAAAAUCCGUUCACAGCUGGACAGAGUCACACAGAAGCAGGACAGAAUUUCGGAGAGGUCCAGUGUGUUUGAAUCAGAGAAAAGGGAAAAGCAGGCAUUGGAGAAGAAAGUAUCUGACAUGGAAGAAGAGCUUAAGAAGUCUGCCCCAGUGAGGUUUCGCUGUGGCUACCAGCCCUGAGUUGAUCCUCGGCUGGAGUAAGGGAAAAGGGGGAAAAUGGUUUUGACAGAACUGAAGUCAGAUAACCAGCGACUAAAGGACGAGAAUGGGGCCUUAAUCCGAGUCAUCAGCAAACUCUCCAAGUGAGGUCAGGCCAUGCGUAGGAUACACACCAAGAGACUGGCUGAGCAGCACCUCAUGUUAUUUCUGCCGUUUACACCCACUUUCUACCUUCUGAACUUAAAUGACCAUUUACACUAGAUAAUGGUUUCAAGCUCUUUCUUUCUCUCUCUCUGGCUGUUGGUCCAAACUUGUCUUGAAUGGAGGGAUAUUGCAAAGGUAGAGACCAACGUCAGAUGAACUACCUUACUGAUAAGAUUCCCCAAAAUGUUCCCGUAUAAAAGACUGGCUUUGAUCAACAAUUUUUUGUAGUGGAUUUUUGAGAUCAGUUGUACGCAACUGUAGAUGCCCUUCUGGAGAAUCAUAUAGUGCAAGCUUUUUUCAGCUCAGUCACACCGUAUACAUGAGAAAACUAAGUGAGACAUUACACCAUUUCCAAGGAUGAGCUCCAUUGCUAAAUGGGAAGUAUAGUCACUGUAAUAUCUACCUGUAUAUGGAACUUUGAUGUAUAGGAUUUUAAAACCUUUUUUUUUUUGUCUACUCCUUGUUCAUGUGUAAUUUUGGGGAGGCCAAGAGAGAUAGAUAGAAGAGUUACCUGCUAACUUUGUUCAAUGUUUUGUGGUUUUUUUGUUUGUUUCAAAUAUUUAUGUUUAUUGUUUAUCUAAAAGAGAUCUAAAAUAUUGGGUAUUUAUCAAGCUAAAGUUAAAAAAGAAAAAAAGUUUUCAUAAUUGCAUUACAAGUUUAAAGUGAUAUAAUUUUAAAGCUCACAGCACUUUGUUUUUAAGCUUGUUUAUGGCACAGAUAUAUUUAUCAUAAUGCACUGUAAAACACUAAAUGGGAAGUGGAUUUAUGUAGCACAUGUACUGCUGCCAUCUGCUUUUGUUGUGUGUUCUGGAAUGAGAGAAGCUUAGGUUUCUAGAAUUCUUAAGAAGGAAAAGAAGGAAAUGAAGGAAAACUACCUGUGCUCAUACCACAAUAUUGGUGUUAAAAUAAUGAAAAAAAAACAGCACCAGUCAGAGGUUUGCACACAUCUAUUAUAUUUUCACUGUUCAUUUUAUCUUCGAAAGACAUCAAGAUUUUUUGCAAAUAUUCGUUCUUUUAUGUCUAUUUCCUCUUCUCAGUAAUGGCUUAUUGAUAGCUACACCUCCUUUUACACCCAUAGUUGAAUUCUCACUUGGGAAGGAUGGAACACCUGUGGAGUACUAUUUAUAACAGUUUUAGUGGUCCCUGAGAUCUUGCAGGCUUGUUAGGAGUUCCAUUUCCUUUACAUGUUUUAAUCAUUUUUGAGCUCCAGUUUCAGGAACUGUUUUUCUCUACUUAUUUGUCCUUUGACUUUUCCCCUUCUUAUGCAAGUGGAAUAUCUGAUAUCUAAAUCUCCUCUGACAUAUCUUCUGAAAAAUGAAUAACUUUUACUUAAUGGCUUUUUUGACUAAAGAUGAAGUAUAAUUAAUUAAACAUAAUGAAACAAAAGUCUUUAUAUUGAAAUGUUUUAAAAUAUGAGAAACAUACAUCCACCCAGGUGUCCACACUUGUGAUUGUACAGAUUAGCAUCGGUAUUUCCCAUAUUACAUUACUUAAUCAAUCACUUGUCAGUAAGCCAUUACUCAGUUAUGGACAUGUAGUUGUGCCAUACUAAGGAUUGUUUUUAUUAAAGUACUUUCAGUUUCACUGAUUUUGGUUUAACAUAGAAGAAAGAAGUGAGAAAGCAAAAGUUAAUAACAACAAUAUGAAAACAGAUUAUAGCAACCAUGUUUAGUCUUUUGUUUUACAUUUAUCUGUGGAUUCACAUUCAGAGAAACAGGACAAAUGUAAGUGUAAUCUGGGGGAAAAUGAAUUUGAUGAAUUAGAUUAAAUGAACAAAACAAGCACAGUGUGCAGGUAGUAUGCUGUAAUCUCAUAAUAUAAAAACCCUUGUUGGAAGAACAAAUGGAAGAUCAAUACAUAUACAAUUUAAAACAAAAAAAGCAGAGAUGAAUAAUUUUAAUUAAAAGUCUUUUAUUUUUUUUACCUUGUACAGAGCUGCUAACACAUAUGAUAAAUCUGUAUCGAGA